UUUAUGUAGUGAGGCUAUACCACGCCCACCCUGGUUGACAGACACGCGUGUUUGAAAUCAUGGCUUCGUCGGCUAAGAAGAGGGCAGUAGGUUUGAGUGAAAAUCCCCAGGAAAGUGACAGCAGCUCCGACGAGAGUCUGGAGGAAGAUGAGGAUUCAACGGGGGAGGGCAGCGAAGCAUCCGAAGAGGAGAUUGAUGAGGAGGUUAUGGUGGACUUUGAAGCGCACACCAUCUCACACAACGACUUUGAUGGCAUCAGGAAACUUCUACAGCGGCUCUUUCUAAAGGCUCAUGUAAACACAUCAGAGAUGACUGACAUCAUCAUCCAGCAGAAGCAUGUGGGAAGUGUCAUUAAGCAAGCGGAAGUACCAGAGGACAGUGACGAUGAGGACCCAGAUGAAGUGUUUGGGUUCAUCACCAUGCUAAACCUCACAGAGAAAAGGAGUGUGCAGUGCGUGGAGGAGGUGAAGGAGCUGCUCCUGAAUCAGUGUGAGAAGAGCUCUGGCCACAGCGUCAUGGAGCAGCUGGAGAAGACACUCGACGACACCAGCAAGCCUGUGGGCCUUCUUCUCAGUGAGCGCUUUGUCAACGUGCCGCCGCAGAUUGCCCUACCGCUGCACAAACAGCUCCAGGAGGAGCUCUCCGAGGCAGAGAGGACCAACAAGCUCAGUGGGAGGUAUCACUACUGUCUGAUGAUCAGCAAGACCUGCAAGGAAGCCAGCAAGAGUAUUCCUGCCAGAGGUGGCACUCCUCAGGAAGAAUACAUGUUCAUCAAUGCAGAGGAGGAGUUCUUCUACGAGCACGCUGCCAUCAAGUUCCACUUCUCUGUCCAGGAAGACGCUGACUCGUGCUUGAGUGGGAGCUGGUCCUUCGAAGACGUUCCCAUGAAGCCUUUCAGGACGGUCAUGUUGAUCCCGGCUGACAGGAUGCCCUCCAUCAUGGACAAACUCAAAGAAUACUUAUCUGUGUGAACAUCCAAAAAAACCCAAAAAACUUCCACGCUGGUGUAAGAUGGACGUUCAAAUCCAAAUAUUGUAAAGAUUUAAUAUGGUGAAUUAUGAAUUUACAGCAUAAAAAUCAUGUUUAACAAACAUUUUAAUUACCUUUUUUAUUUAGUAUUGAAAAAUCCUCCGACAAGAGCUUUAAAAAAACUACAGCACCGACUUGUUAGAAAGUAGCAGGACCAGAGGAAGAGAUGGACAUUAAAACCUACUCAGGUGCUCUCCUGCUUUGCAGCAAAGUGUGCACGACAGAACAUAAAUGCAAGUGUUCUAAUGGUGACCCAAUCAUACAUGACAUUUUUGUUUUUACAUUCAGGAACAUUUCAUUUCUUUUUACACCCAAUCAACAAACUUUGCAUCUCUUGCAGCCUUUUUCAAUCACCAUGGGCCCCAAAUCUCUACUGAAUGACACACCUGUCAGAAGACGGCACACUACUGUUAUUGUUGGCAUCACCACUCACUUUGUGUCUCUCGUCCUUACAAGCUGUGUGUCUGUGAGGGUUCAGCAUGUCUUGCAGUACGUCUUUGCUCUCGCUAGGGGGCAGAUUGUAGAAGAAGUACAGCGGGGC